AACCUUGGCGCCGCGACGUCCCAGUUCAAGGGCCAUCUCUCUGCCAAUGCCACGGCCUGUCAUAGCCCCCAAGGGGCAAUAUUAGCACUCGCACAUACAUUCCAGUUCCAAUCGGUGACGGGGUGAUAAGGAAGCCAAGAAUGAUAUUUGCCACGGUUAAACACCGAUGAGGCGCGCGCUUUCAGGGGUCCUAUUCGGGUGGGUGGCCGGAUUUGGUAGGAUGUGGGGGAGUGGGGUCCCCACCCCCUUGACGUCGUCGGACUUGAGUUGGGGAAAAAGUACCGACCCGUCCGGCGGUUCGAGAAGCCCCCACGACGGUAGGGCGAUGCAUUGACUAUGCGUGCCCAAACGAUACCUGCAAGAACGGGUGAAACGAAAUAUGCCACGACGUACCUGCUCCAGUCACGAGAGCAACCUUGCCCUCGAGGCUGGCCGAUGCCAGACCGAGCGGACCCGGGAU